AGACAAAAAUAUAAAAAAAACAUACGAAGAAGGUUAGAGUGGAUGGCACAAUUCGUAUUCAUGGAAAUAAUUUAAAAACACAUUUCCAUGAAAAUGACGAAUUUCCAUUUUUCUCAUCGUACUCCGCCUCCGGCUCUCCUUUUUCGUCCUCCUCUACUUGCCAAACAGAUCUAUUUUCAUUUUCCGCUUGUUUCUUGGGAUUCCGUUUUCUCGCUCAAUUCUCUCUUCCUCUCUUUCCCGGCUUCACUCUCUUCCUAGUCAGUCUCCUUCCUGCUUUUCCCCCUUUCUCCAUCGCUGCAAUCUGCUGCUCAAACGCUUUGGAUACAGCACCCUCUCCCACUCCAGCCAGUCAGCCAUGCCGGGCCUUUCGUCGAGCAGGCUGAAAUCCAUGGAUUUCUACAGGAAAAUACCUAGAGAUUUGACUGAAGCAUCGUUAUCGGGUGCCGGAUUAUCCAUAGUAGCUGCACUGGCCAUGGUUUUCCUGUUUGGAAUGGAGCUGAGUAACUAUCUAGCAGUGAACACAUCUACUUCUGUGAUUGUCGACAAUAGUAGUGAUGGCGAAUUUUUACGCAUUGAGUUUAAUAUCAGCUUUCCAGCCCUCUCAUGUGAAUUUGCAGCAGUUGACGUGAGCGACGUGUUAGGAACUAACAGGUUAAACAUUACAAAAACUGUCAGAAAAUUCUCUAUAGAUCACGAUCUAAGGCCCACUGGCGCUGAGUUUCACUCUGGCUCUACUAUGCAUCUCAUUAAGCAUGAUGAGUAUGUUGGUGAACAUGAGGGUGAGAGUUCUGUGACACUCAAUGCUCGGAAUUUUGAUGUUUUCUCAAAGCAGUUUCCGAUAUUGGUUGUCAAUUUCUAUGCUCCUUGGUGCUACUGGAGCAAUCGCUUGAAACCUUCUUGGGAGAAGGCAGCUAAAACUAUGGCGGAAAGAUACGACCCUGAAACUGAUGGACGCAUCAUUUUGGCCAAAGUGGAUUGCACCGAAGAAGGUGAAUUAUGUAGGAGGCAUCACAUCCAAGGGUAUCCCUCCAUUCGUAUUUUUCGUAAGGGAAGUGAUUUGAGGGAUGAACAUGGACACCAUGAGCAUGAGUCCUACUAUGGGGAUCGUGAUACCGACACCUUGGUGCAGACUAUGGAAACUCUUGUUGCACCUAUUCCAGCUUUACAUCACAAGCUCGACAAUUCAACUCAGAGCAUCAAACGACCUGCACCCUCAACUGGAGGAUGUAGAGUUGAGGGAUAUGUGCGUGUUAAAAAGGUUCCUGGGAACCUCAUCAUUUCAGCUCGUUCAGGAUCCCAUUCUUUUGAUACUUCUCUAAUGAACAUGUCACACGUUGUCUCCCAUCUCUCGUUUGGCUUGAAAUUUGCACCCAAGGCGCUGGUUGACGCCAAGCGAUUGAUGCCAUAUAUUGGUCGAAGUCAUGACCGGCUGAAUGGGCGGGCAUUUGUUAAUCAGCGCGACGUAGGUGCUAAUGUCACUAUAGAGCAUUAUCUCCAAGUCGUUAAAACAGAGGUGGUAUCAAGAAGAGGAUCUCGUGAUCACACGAUAAUAGAAGAGUACGAGUAUACAGCCCACAGCAGUUUGGCGGAGAGCGUGGAUAUACCUGUUGCGAAAUUCCAUUUUGAGCUCUCCCCUAUGCAGGUUCUGAUCACUGAACUUCCGAAGUCAUUUUCACAUUUUAUCACCAAUGUGUGCGCCAUAAUCGGUGGGAUAUUCACGGUCGCUGGAAUAUUGGAUUCGUUACUGCACAACACAAUCAGGCUAGUGAAGAAAGUGGAGCUAGGCAAGAAUUUUUGAUAGAGAGGAAGAGAUGACAUGAAACAUUAUGUUAGUUUUCAUGUAAAGAUUUCAAAGUUUUGAAUCACAGGGUUUAUUAAAUUAGCAUUAGCAAGCAAGAACAGGAUAGAACAGUUAUUUAUGGGACACUUCCAUAAUAUACACCAUGAAGCACGUUCAGUGCCUAUCCUCUCUGUGCCGCGCCCUUAUCGUGCUCUGGUUUAGUUACGGUGCUUGUGAUCUUCAUCCAUUUCUGCAUUGGUGUUUGGAGUAAUGACCGGAAAAUAGAUGGUCGAAGAAUCUUUUGAUUCUUUGUUAACUCAUCAGCUUUGCCAUUGGAAGUCCUCUGUAAUACGUUUUCCGAUUUUCGAAGUCGGAAACACGAAGCCUAUGGAUUGUGGCUGUCGAUUUCAGACUUGAGACCGAGAUCUUCUCGCUGGAGCCUUGUUAAGGAAGAAACGUCGUUGAAAUGCAGAAGGUAUGUUUUAGAACACUCUUCUCUUUCAGUUAUUUUUCCUUUUCUUUACAAACAUGCUCUUGAAAUACACACCAGUUUGGUUCAUAACCUUAUUGCCAUCUCCACGACAAACAAAUACUGAAACACCAAACAAUGAAAAACAUCUCUGAUACAAGAAGGAUAACAAAAGUGUGGGUAAAAAAGGAAACAAGAAGUUAUGAAUGUUAAGCAACCACGAAAGCGAACUCGGUCCGUUGAACCAAUAAUCAGAAUCCGAGCACGAGGGACGAGGCCAAGAAAGCUCCGACUGAACCGACGAUCCCUGCUGCAGCAGCCAUGGAAGACGAUGCUCCAUUGUUGGGCGACUCGCCUUCAGGAGACUGUGCAGGGGUGAGCUGAACUAUCCCGGGAGGAGGUGACUGAUCCAUGGCCGGUGCAGGCGAUGGUGACUGAGGAGAUGGCGGGGAAGCAGCAGGUGCAGUUCCAUUCUUGCUCCUGUCGGCCAGAACGACCACGACGACCUUCUCGUUGUUCAGGCAGUUGUCCCUGUUCCCGCUGAUGAAGUAGUGGGCGCCGGAGUGGUUGAAAGUGUAGAGGGUGUGGCCGUCGGAGUAUGUCCCGACGGGUGAAGUCGUGGUGCAGUUGUCGUAGUCGCCCUUGCUCACUUCCAGCACGGAGUCGCGAUCAGGGUUGUACAUGAACACUAUGGAGUCUCCAGUGGAGAACCGGUUGCGUUCUGCCCAAGAAUUGUAGUUCAAGGCGGAGGAAUUGUCAGGAACCGUCCAACCUUUGGCGCCACCGACAGUGAACUGGAAUGCACUAGCUUGUUGGAGCGACAGCAGCAUGAGACAGGAGAGUCCCAGCAUGCCGAUUUUCGAUCCCGGGUUCGUUCCUACCAUUGAUGGCAAAGUGGUAUGGUGUUAUGUGUGUUUUGGUGUGGAGGUAAGUAGCACUAAGAAGGAGGAUUUUGAGAAUGGCAUGGAGCUGAGAUGGGGGUUUUGUAGGAUGAGUUUUGAGGCCAACUUUACAGUAUCUGUGGCAUUGAAGCUUUUGCAUGCUUUUAACGCUCUGUUCUCUCUUUAGCUGUGGAUUUCUUGGCUUCUGGUGCAAAGUAUAUGUUCGUUCCUAUUUGUUGUUUUGGAUUACUUUUUUGUGCAGGAGAUGACUUGGGCUGCAGGUUAAUACUUUGCCCUUGACCAUUUGUCAAGAAUAUUCAAUCCUUG